CGCUGUGGUUUGAGUCCAAGCAAGCUAGCAUGAAGAGGACGGGGGCAGGUCGUGCAGCGGAUUAACAACAACCGGACAAUCACACACAGCAGGCUUUAUGAGUGUAGCACACCCGCUGUCUGAGGGGGAAGGACAUUGGCUUCCUACGGGUGUUCACAGGGUGAACGUUACUGCUUCACUCCAUCAUAACACAGCACCGCUGAAGCAAAGCAAGGUCAGCGUCUGUGUGAGAAACCUCGUUGGUCACUGCAGCGGUGAGGCGGGAGUCUGCAGCUCAGGAAGAUGGCAUCACCGUUUGUGCCCGUACCUGUGCCCAUGGACAGAGCUCUGUCAGGUGGUAGCAACAAGCUGAGGCGGCCACAGCGAGCUUCAUCGCUAGGCAGCGUCUCCAGCAGCUCGGAGGACCACAGAAGAGGAUGUGGAGGAUUGGGUUCCCAGCGCCAGUCCCACUGCACGGACAGAGUCAGCCGCAGCCGGACGCCACCGCCCCUCCAGAGCCCCGUGACGCGGGCCAGGGUCAAUGGGACUCUGGAGCCCUCUGUAGAGUACUCCAGCUGCCCCCGCUCCAUAUCGGAUCCUGCCGGGAGCCAUCAAGACGAGGACAGGCCUAUCACCCCGACUGUGCUGGGGUAUGAAGUCAUGGAGGAGAGGGCCAAGUUCACGGUAUAUAAGAUCCUGGUCAGGAAGAGUCCAGAUGAGAGCUGGGUUGUUUUUCGGAGGUACACAGACUUCUCCCGGCUCAACGACAAGCUGAAGGAGAUGUUUCCAGGCUUCCGCCUCUCGCUGCCUCCUAAACGAUGGUUUAAAGACAACUAUGACACGGACUUCCUGGAGGACAGACAGCUGGGACUGCAGGCCUUCUUGCAAAACCUGGUUGCACAUAAGGACAUUGCCAACUGCCAGUCAGUGAGAGAGUUCCUAUGUCUGGAUGACCCACCUGGGCCCUUUGAUAGUUUGGAGGAGAGCAGGGCGUUCUGUGAGACUCUGGAGGAGAGCAACUACCGUCUGCAGAAGGAGCUGCUGGAGAAGCAGAGGGAAAUCACCUCCCUGAAGAGGAGGCUGGAGGAGAGGGAGCAGGCCAUCCUGCUACUGGAGAAACAUAUCAACGGUGAAUGUCUGAGCCCAGAGUCUCCGUGUGGCCUGUCAGCUCAGGGCAGUGAGAGCAGUGCAGAGGCAGACGUGGAGUCGUCUGCUGCAGAGGCCGAUCAGGACAUGCCUGACGACACAGGUGGCAGGUGUGACGUCCAGCCGGUGCGAUCCUCUGCCUGUUGGUGUGGGCCGUCGCUCAGCUCCUCUCCUCCGGUCAUCCAGGUCACCCAGCUUUACCACCACAAGCUGGAACACUGACAGCCAGCGCUGGUUUCUUCCCCUUUUUGCUUUUCCAUACUCAUCUUCUGUUUUUUUUUCUGCCCUCUCUUCGACCUUUCCCCUUUGCACCUCUCAGACUGUAACUGCAGUUUCACCUUCCAGUUGGAUCUGAUGUAUCGGCUUAUAAGGGAAUGGUUUUAUUCUGAAACAGCCUGUUUCACUUCUAUUUCCCCCUGUACUGUACAAUGGGCCAUGGGAUUUGUUAUCCAGCACCUACAGAGGACUUCAGUCUGAAGACCUUGUGCAGCGUCCAGUCAGGAUUAUACCUCGGCUCUACUCGGACCUCAGACGGGGAUGUCUCUGUCCUCCUCCUUCAUUUUGAAGCUCAUGCCGUGGCCGCUAGUUUGGAUCCGUUUGAUCCUUCGGUCACAAAGACAAAGUUUGUCCUCUCGACCAAAACAGUAGAAUAAUGUCAGAAUAAGAGUCUCACCACUGGGUGGUUCGAUGACUUUUACAAUUUGGACAAUCUACAGAAAACCUGAACCAUCUGCAGACGUGCUUAGCCUUAUGAGGGGCCCUCUCCUGUAACCAGAGAAACAGCGCCCCCGUGUGGCUGUAGAAGUAAGAAAAGUUCUGGAUAACUGAAAUGUUUCAGGAUGUGUUGGUCACCAGGUGGGUACCGCAGGUAUUUCGUGGCACUGCUUCGUACUGCCGUCCACUGUCACUGACAGGCCUCCUUUCACUGUCAGUCUCACUCGUUCCCUCACAUCUGUAGGGCCGUGCGUCAUGUGUAGAAUCUGUAAGAUACUGUGCAGAGGGAACGCUGAGGAAGCGUUGGCCUGUGUGACGGCCGCUGUGAGCUAAUCACGUUUCACACACAUGCAUAUGUACAGUUCCCCGAUGGUUUGCUUCCAGGCUCUGACUAUGCCAGUCUGAGUUAAGUGCAUAAAUAUUUACAACAUUGAACCUCCUCUGGCACCUUGCCUGUUACAGAGUGUAGACUGGGCCUGGACUUGUAUCAGGUUCCUCAGGGUCUAUUAAGAAUAUUGUGACGGGUGUAAUUACAAGAUCAGCAGAAGACACGCUUUAAUGCUCAGCCCCUGGAGGGGGGCAGAGGGGUGGGGUAUCCACGCAGAUGGUUUCAGUUUUAUCUGCUGAAGGUUUUCAGAUUUCUGUGAAAGGAAUUCAGCUCACGGUGCUGGAAGUGUUUUAAAAUUCACCUGAAAAACUCCACUGAUCCACAGACCCAACUGGUGGUAGUUCUCACUGGAAUUGCGCCCGAAGGGACAGUCCCAGUUGACAGGGAGGUAUCCAGAGUAACCAUGUGACCCCCGUUGAAUUGGUGUGGCAGCAGAAGAGCCAGAUGUCUGAAAAUCCCAGCACGUUGUGCAAAACCAGAGGAGUGUGCAAGGCAAGAAACAUAGAAGAGUGAGGAAGUCUGUUGUAAUACAGGUGAAGUUUACCCUUCAACAGACAUGUAAACAGCUGAUCCCCCCCCCUCCACCCCACCCCCCCAUUAUGGUUCAGUGGUGCUAGUUUACCUGAGAAGCCCGAGGAGCCAGGAAUCUGAAAGGCGACGGGGAAAUGAGAACAUUCAGAGCAGGGCCUGUCAGUUUAUUUCAACAACGCAGCUUGGUUUUCAGAAAUCAAGCCAUCGCACAGGCUGAUAAACACUAUGGAGCCUUGUUGGCGCAACAUUGGCAUGAAAACUGUUGCCAGGCCGACACGUCAUCUCCAGAAGCCAUAUUUUUAGACCCAGAUAACACUUGAGGGGCAAAGGUUUCACAUGUGGUAGUGUGAUCUGACCAGCUGUUCUUCUGUUUUUUGGUUUUUUGUCGUUGUUGUUUUUAGUCUUUGAUGAAACUUAGUGAGAAGGCCUGGAAAAGGUCAUGUGAUGCACUUUAUGGAUGAAUGGAAACGCAUGUUUACUUCAUUUGACACAGAAAUGUGCCUUUUCAAUCACUUGAUUCCCAACUGGAGCUAAUUUGUUGAUGUGUGAUUAAUGUACCCGUCGUCUGGUUUGUGGAUCCCCCUCACACAUCCUGACUCGAAGUGCCUUGAAUAUCUUUCACUUAGCUUUCCUUUUGACGUGUUUGAAGCUUUAUAGAUUUGUGUAGGACAUGAAACAGUUUCACUGCGUUCCUCUGAUGGAAACCAUGUUUUAAACGACACUCGUGUACAAGUCGCUGCUUGGAAUAGACUGAAUCACAUGUUUUGUAAUAGUACAUGAAUUAAUAUGGAGUCUUAGUUCACAUAUACACCUACAGUUGCACUAUAAAAGAUUUAUACUCAAUAACAUUUGGUAUCACUAUUAAAGCCCUGGAUUUAAAGGGAUAAUUCACUGAAAAUCUGGUCUGAAACAAAAACUGUAAAUACUCUAACACAUGCUACAGCAGAGAUGUUUAUCAGAAAGAAAUAUUUAAUUCACAUGCAAUUAAAC